AUGUCUCCAUUUGAAGCCAGUUACGGUUAUAAGCCCCCUAUAUUACCAGCUAUAGGAGGACAGGCUACAACUGCUUCAAUAAAGGAGUAUUUGCAGCAAAGGAGGGUGGUACUUAAACAGCUGAAACAAGAAUUGACCUCUGCCCAAAAUAGAAUGAAGCAGUAUGCAGACCAGAGGAGAAGUGACAGAGAGUUGGAAGUUGGGGAGAAAGUUUAUCUGCAACUGAGACACCCUCAUUUGAGGUCCAUUACUCAAGGAUCAAAUACGAAAUUGACUCCCCAGUAUUUUGGUUCAUUCCCUAUCAUAGCUAAAGUUGGAAAGGUAGCCUAUCAAUUGCAGCUUCCAGAGGGAUCACGAAUUCAUCCCAUCUUCCAUGUGUCUCUCUUAAAAAGGUCAUCAAGCAAGAAGCAAGUCAAUCUCGAACUACCAUCAUUGCCUAAGGAAAAGGAAAGGGUUGAAGAACCAAAAGCAAUAUUGGACCGGAGAGUGAUCUAUAACCAUGGGGUCCCUCUCAUUCAGGUGUUGGUCAAGUGGCAGCAAAGGGACAAAGGAAGUAACACCUAA